GUUUUGACACUCCAAAUGUCCGCAUAUCAACUUUUGCUCUAUCAAUCUAACAAAAAAGUCCUGAGUCCUUAUCGUGGUAAAUAGAAUGAUGGAAAGGGCACAUCCGAAGCUUCCUAUUCGCUCAUGGAGAUCAAGCCAUGGGUGUUCAGCUUAUUGUGGCCCUCAUAUGCGCUCUUGUGAUACCGCUGUUAGCAGUCUUUUUUAUUGACACGAAAAAGAAGACACGAGCAUUUAGGAAUCUCCCUCCCGGUCCUAGGAAGUUGCCGAUCAUUGGGAAUUUGCACCAGCUUGGCUCCUUGCCUCACCGAUCGCUCGCACGCCUCUCAAAACAGUAUGGCCAGAUCAUGUUACUCCACCUUGGCUCUAUUCCCACGUUAGUCAUCUCAUCCGAAGAUGUCGCCAGAGAAGUAUUCAAAGACCACGACACUGCUUUCUCCGGCAGACCCAUCUUUUAUGCGGGAAAGAAGUUAGCAUACAAUCAAUCUGAUAUAACUUUCAGCACGUAUGGCGAAUCCUGGAAAGAACUCAAGAAAUUAGUGACCCAAGAACUCCUGAACAAUAAGAGAGUCAAGUCAUUUGAAUCUGUGAGGAAGGAUGAGGUCAAGCUUAUGCUCGAUGCAAUCACUUCUUCUCCAGGUCCUGUUAAUAUUGGUGAACUGUCACUUCUAUUGAGUAACAACAUCGUGUGCCGUGUGGCUUUCGGUAGCAAAUAUCAGGCUGAUGGUAGCAGUGUAAAGAGCAAAUUUCAUGAGACAAUCCGUGGAAUACAGAAAAUUUUAGGGGGCUUUUGUGUUGCAGAUCUGUUCCCAUAUAUGGCUUGGUUUAACAGGCUCAAUGGCUUCAACGCAAAGGUUGAAAAGAAUUUCAUGGAGUUAGACAAGUUUUAUGAUGAAGUGAUCGAGCAGCACCAAGACCCUCAGAGGCCUAAACUCGAUCAUGAAGAUCUUGUUGAUGUGUUGCUUCGGUUACAAAGGGAUCCAAAUCAAAUGAAUGCCCUCACUAGGGAACAAUUUAAAGGAGUAUUAACUAACAUUUUCAAUGCAGGAACAGGUACCUCUGCAACCACUAUACUCUGGGCAAUGGCAGAACUCGUCCGCAAUCCAGCUGUGAUGAGAAAAGCACAAGAAGAGGUUCGAGAAGUAGCAAAAGGAAAGUUACAUGUCGAAGAGACUGACCUUCUAGGACUCACCUACCUAAGAUCAGUCAUCAAAGAGACAUUAAGACUCCAUCCGCCGCUUCCUCUUCUAGUUCCAAGAGCAACGAUCGAGGAUUGCAAGAUAAGGGGAUACACAGUUCCUAGAGGAACUACUGUAUUCGUCAAUGUGCAAGCAAUCGCCACAGACCCAAAAUCUUGGGAAAAUCCAGAAGAGUUUAGGCCCGGGAGGUUCUUGAACAGCUCCAUCGAUUUCACCGGACAGAACUAUGAGUAUCUACCAUUUGGUUCUGGCAGGCGGGGAUGCCCUGGCAGAAACUUUGGUGUCGUGAUAGUUGAGCUUGCAUUGGCAAAUCUCCUUCAUCGGUUCGAUUGGAAACUGCCUAAAGGGAUGAGUGUUGAAGAUAUUGACAUGGAAGAAGCUUAUGGCCUUUCGACUCACAAGAGGACUCCUCUUUGCCUGAUAGCAACCCCCAUGACUGGUUGACGUUACAUUCCGAUACUACCAAUAGAAAAGUUUGCUUGAUUUGUUCCGUAAUAAUGCAGACUUUAUUCUGUCUUGUGUGCCUACUACAAGUUUUCCAGUUUCACUUUGUGGCAAUAGCUGUUCCUAGAUCUUGUAACCUGAAUAAUUCAUAAAUUUGGAACAGCAAAGAUCUUAGUAACAAAUAGAUGCUUUCUUUGU